AGGCAAGAGAUGUUGUCAGGUUUUUCGGCGAUGAAUGCAGCGGCUGUGCUCAUCGUCGUCCUCGUUCUACCUUGGCAAUGCCAAGCGAGGCGCAUACAGGACGGCAGCCGCCUGGUGUUCGCCGGUACGCACUGCACCGAUGCACUGUCGACCACUCAUCCACAUGAGAAGUGGCUGCACUCCCAGAUACACAUGGAUGCAUUUCUGUCAUGCGAUGCAGAUGGCACAACGGAUAACUUUGAUGCGUCCAUCACCAACAUAUCGUCAAUCCACGGCGGCAUCAGGCUCAUCCACCACGACACACGGCCCAUCGCCAGCACACAUGAGGGCCCAUCCCUCUGGUCUUUCGGGCGAGAUGCGGAGGAGUGCGAGAGGCAGAGCUGUGAAGACGCAUCCUGUCCGCUGACGGGCGACGAGUGGGGGUCCUCGUUCGUCCAGCAGCCGAAAGGGGAGGAAACGUCCAAAAAGAUCAUCCUGGCAAUCGAGCUGUGCCGACACGUACGUAUGAGUGGAUGGAUGGAGUCCGUCAUUCGUAUGUCUGUGUUGGCUGUGUGGUUUUCGUUGCCUGUCCAUGCCUCAUAUCCACUCAGGGAGCCCGCGCGCCUUACACGUUUGCCACUCACUCUUUGAAGGAUGCUGAGAAGGACUGGAUCGGCGGUCGGCAAUACCUCAGCGAACUGGGUCAGAUCCAGCACUACAUCCUUGGGAGAAUCGUCAGGGAAAAGUACACAGCCCUGUAAGUGGGGGUGUGUAUGCCAGGAAGAUCGCCAACACGAAUGGGAAACAGAUACCAGGAGAAUGAAGCAAUGAAUGGUUGUGUGUUGUUCGUCCAUUCAGGGGUCUUCUGAGUCCAUCUUACGAGCCUGGAGAGGUGUUCGUCCGAGCCAGCAGCACAUGGCGGUCCAUGAUGAGCGCCAAUGCACAGAUGAGUGGCCUCUACCCAACAGGCUUCUAUGUCUUUGGUCCCAUGCACACAGCCUGCACUUACUCCUUUACGUGCCAUCCAUGUCUCGUUUCUCUCCCUGCCGGUGUGUCUAUUGUCGUCACUCACUUCAGGCAAAGGCAAGCGACUCAACCCUCUCCAGAAAGAGACGCUUCACACGGUGUACAGGACAGGAACUUCCCCAACCGGCAAGCGCAUCCGUGACGUGGUUGGCGCCGGACGCCACCGUGUGAGAGAGCUGCUGACCCCGCACUACCUGCGGAAGUUUGCCGAAGACACUGGCCUGGACCUGGAGGACGUCUUAAGCACCGAGGUCUUGCACCUGAACGUCGGCCAGGUACUAUGUCAAGCCGACGUUCAUGGUGUCUUGUGGAGAUGACUUGCUCCGCCCGAACACUGUCAGGGCGGAUCCGAGAAUGUGCCGGUGUUCUCUGCCGACAAGCUCAAUGACCACCUGAUCCUCGCGGUGGAACGUAAGCAGUAAGACCUCCGUCGUUCGUGUUUGCCUUUUAUAAGCCUCGGCUGGCCGUAUGUGCAGCAUUCGGUUGUGACGGCUAUGAGCAAGUGUGGCGGCAGCAGCACGGGUUUCCGAUGUUGUACAAGCCGAGUCCAGCUGCGCAGUUCUGUGAGUCGCAUUGAAAACGGAGUGAACACAAUGCCGAUCGGCUUACUUGCUGCUGUCUGAUGUCCGUCUGUGCCUUUCGAUGUGUGGACGAGAAGUCAUGGACGUCUAUGCUGGCAAGAUACGACGCACGAAAAAGUUUCUACCUCACCUCUUCAACAAGGCAAGCAAGGCACGGUCCUGCCUAUGGCGCAUCCACAUAGAUGCACUCUUCCAUCAGACCUUUACCGAGGUGAGCAACGAGCACCUUGCCGAGUCCAGGUCGCUGGAAGAACACUUCGGCCCCCCCACGGUAACUGACUGACUGACUUACCCUCAAACUGCCCUCACCAGUCAGUAGUUGUGUGUCCCUUUGUCCAGGUCAUACAGGAGUACUGUACAUUCGUCACGCCCUAUCUGCGGCUUUCCGACGUGGGCGACAUCUACGUAGCCUACAAGGCUGACGGCCGCAACCCUCCCUUCAAGAUAGAACCGGAGCUCAUCGAGUACGUGAAUGAGUGGCACAGGCCGACUGCACCGCACCCCACUGCUUACCCAUCUUUCUGUGUGCAUUCAGCGAAUGUCUGAACGCGAUCGACACGAAGGUGAUGGAUGGAUGGGUGGACAGAGGGGACGGUGCUUUGACGUGUCUCAUUUUGUGUGUGUCCUUGUUGUCCUUCCUUGGGCAGUUCACCUUCGCUUGGGAUGAUGAGGUCUGUCCACUCACUCAUUUCUGACAUCCGUCGAGCUGGGGAGAGACACCGGCCUAUGCGUCUCUCCAUUGUGUGUAGUUUUUCCCUCGUGUUGCGAGCAGCUUGCUCUUCGAGUUCAUCGUCGGCAUCUUUCGCGCACGAGCAUACACCCGCUGCGCGUCGUCCACCCGCUUAAUGGGAGAUCUUAAAGAAUUUCUUCACAGCCGGGUAAUAGAGAAGAACGAAAAGAACGAGAAGCAGCCUUUUCGACUAGAGGGAUAGGCACCCAUCGCAUCACCAAAUGCAGUGCACGCUUGUUGUGUGACGUGAUGUGUUCCUUUGCAGAGCGCCGCCCUCUCAGAGAUGGACCCGUAGGUCGUUUGGAGUGGCUUGGCUUACCCACAUCAAUACGACCGGCCUUCGCUGUGUGUGUAUAUGUCUGUGUGCUCUUUGUGUGUGGUCGGUCGGUGGUGUCUGUCAGCAACAAGGUGAAGUUCAUUCUUCUGUCUGGUCAUGAUGGCAACGUACUCUCGGCGCUCAGCGUCAUGGAUUUGGCCCGGGGGGAAGCUCCUCGCUGUGAGCGAAAUGGCUGCCCCCGUCUGCCCUCACAUGUCUCUCCCUCCCUCCCUGCCCCCAUCUCUGUUUCAGUUGCGGCAAGCCUCUUCUGGGAGCUCUGGGAGGUCAAGAGAGGCCAGGCCAUCCAACACGUCAUCAAGGUAGGUCUGACUGGCUCGGCUGUUUCGCCCAGCCGAGAUUAAUCGCCGGUCGUGUGGAUGGACAGUCGCGCUUCCUUGUCCUCUCUUCUUCUUCUGUCUUGCAUUUAAAUCUACCUGAAUGGUGAGAAGGUGUCGAUGUGCGGCAACCGCGACUGCACCCUGAAGGAAUUCGCCACCAAAAUAGAGUACGUCAGUGAGGCAGGCCACGUCAACUUCACUCAUUCCUACACGAACGAGUACAUGUGAUGUGGCUACACCUGUCUGUCUGUGUGUCUCCGCACAGGAACAAGAUGCGAAUUUGGCUUGACGGGGAGCAGCCGGCUCAUUUGAUGUACAACUGGUGGUGAGAAGAGAAUGUCAUUCAGACCACACCACACGAUUGCACAUCCAUGCACGCAAUCACCUCGACGCCUUGUCGCCAUGCCGCCAAUCCCGUGUGAGCGUGCGGGUGUCUAUCCAAGGAUACUAAGGGACCUAUCGCCGGGGGGGACGAGGCGACCUACAAGAUGCGCGAGAACCUGCGAAGGGAACCGCGGAGCUCGAAAGCCACGUUGUCAGAUUUCUC